AGAAGUAGUUUUAGUUUCGCCCACCAAAUAUCCGCAAAUUUGAAAACAAAAGAGCGCGUUUCUCUCUCACACACUCAGUUCCAGUGAGUGAGUAUAGAUUACUACUUCAUAAUUUAUUCAGUUUCGAUUUCAAGUUUCAGCAACAACAGGGAUAAGAGAAGAAUGAAGGAUAAUGUGCGCACAGAAUUAGAUGAACUCAAAUCAGAAUUGGAGAAGCUUAGGGUAGAAUGCCAAUUGAAAACACAACACCUUGAAAAUUUGAAGAGAAAAGACCGCUCUGACCAAUUUCAAGAAAUUACUCAUCUGGCUGAGAAACGAGCUCACGAGCUCGAUCUCAAAUCAGAGGAGAUUUAUGAACUCAAGAGAAUCAAUGAGAAUCUCAAGUCUAGUUUGCAUGAAAAAGAAAAGCACAUUGCCCAUUUGAAUUUGGAGAAUAACAAGAUUCAAGCUAUUUGUGCCGAGAGGGUGCUCAAAUUGGAGGAAAGUAACAAUAAGUUGGUUUUGGCUUUCGAUGAACUCACUGCUAGAAACAGUUAUUUGGAGCAGAAUGUUUGUGCCAGCAGCGAGGAAAUUUUGUGUCUCAAGUCGUUGUUAUCGGCUACAGAGAAGAAGUGUCGAGAGGCCGAGGAGAGAGCUCAGCAGGCGAAGACACUGAGAUUACGAGAGGAUGUGAUACUGCAAUUGGAGGAACAAAAUAUCAGCGUGCAAGAUCAAAUUAAAUGGAGAAAUGAACAGUUUAAACAUCUUGAACAAGCUUAUCAGCAACUUCAAGUUCAGUUCAAAUUGAGCAAGGAGGAGUGGGAGAAGGAGAGAUCUUCACUGCUCAGCGAAAUAUCUUCGUUGCAAAUCAGUUUGGAUUCUCAGACAAGAACUUUGGAUGGGCUUCAAUCUCGUUUGGAGAUGUGUAACCAUGCGUUGGCUCGCGAAGAAAGCAAGAGGAAACUCUUGGAGGCUGAAAUAUCUGAGUUCAAGACUUGUUUUGAGGAUGUUUAUGGUCAGUGUGAAGAAAAGAAGUCUGAGAUACAACAGUUGACCGUUAUGAGGAAUGAUGAGAUAGCCGAGUUGAGAAACUUGCUGGGAGAGAAAGAGACUCUUGUGAAAGAAUUGGAAAGGAAAAAUGUUCACCUUGAACAAGAUAAUCAGGAAUUGGGAGAUUCACUUAAAGAACUGAGGGAAGCUCAAAUACGUAACGUGGGUGCGAAUUCUAAGACAUCAAAGCUUCAGAACAAGCUAAGACGGUUGGAGGAGGUUCAUAAAAGUUGUUCUUCAAUUCUCAUUUCUAAAGAAGCCCAAUGGGGUUCUCAGAUAGAAAAGAUGGAAGCAGAUAUUGUUGGUUUUAAAUCUGCACUGACCAAUAAAGAACGAGAAAUCAGGGAGCUUCAGAUGGAACUGGAAAAAUGUUACUAUGCCAUUGAAGAGAAACAAAUUGGACUGUGGAUCUUUGAAUCAGUACUUGCUGAGGCUUAUUCCAAAUCAAAAUCAUUUGGUACAGAAACUGGUAAAACAGUUUGUGUCAAAGAGAAUAAAAAUAUGAUUUUAAUUUCUACUGAGGAAUUGAGAGUGAAAGACAAUUCUCUAAAAACUCUGGCACAACAACAAUUUCUGUUGGAGGAAGAGCUUGAACAAAAAAAGAAAAUGCUUGAGGAAUCAUCUGGAGGCCAACUCAUAUUGAAAGAGCAACUAUUGCAGAUGGAAAACACCCUAAAAAAUGAAAGAAACGUUGCAUUUGAGGCUCUAGAGAUGCUGAAACUUGAAAUGGCUAAGAAAAAUGAUGAAGUAUCUCGAUUAGAUUGUGAAGCACAGAAUUGGAAGUCUAAUGCUGAAAACCUUAAAGUUUCCUUUGAAGAAAUUCAGAGAACAUACAAAAGAAUGGAAGCUUCCCUCCUAUCACAGAUUGAAAAUGAGCAAGCCCUUAAGCAGGAGAGCAAAAGCCUUCUCUGCAUUGUCAAGGAUCACGAGAGGAAAACUGAAGAUCUUCAACAGCAAAUAGCUUUACUGGAAUCCUGCAAUGCAGAUAAAACAAAGGAAGCAAAGAGAUUUAAGCAAGAGAAAGAUGAACUUGUCCAAACUGUAAUGGAGAAGGAUGGUUCCAUAAAAGAUCUUCAGAAAGAUAUAGAUGUUGCCUGCUUGAAGCAAGAGUUCAUGAAAAAAGAAUUAGAAGAUGCAGUUCUUGCACAACUAGAUACACUAAAAGCCCUUGAGCAGAAGGAAAAUCUUCUUUGGAAGAUUAAAGACGAGAAAGAUCAAACUAUAAAGCAUUUUCAGGAGCUAGCUAAAGCAUCAGAACAAGAAUUUUUGGAUGCACUGUGUUUCUCUUUUUCAAAACAAGUGGAAAAGUUGGUUGAAGUUUGCAUGCUUACUGAGGCUUUGAAGAAUGUGGAAUACCUGACAAAGCUAGAAAUUGAAGAGAAGAAUGCAAGAAUAAUGAAAUCGGAAUUGGAAAUUAACAGUUUGCUUGAGAAUUUGGCACAUACAGAAGAAUCAUGUUCUCAUUUUAAACACGAAGUUAAGCAGUUUCAAACAUCAUUGGAAACCAUGGAGUUAGAAACUAAAGCAUUGACAAAUGAAAAGCUGAAGAUGGAACAGAUAAUUACAGAGAUCAAGUUUGAGAAAGGAAAUUUGAUUCAUGACAUCACGAAAUUAUCGACAGAAAGGGAAGAUAUGUUGGCACACAUAGAAUACAUCUAUGAAAAAAUUAGAAAUUUGUCUAGUGAAGAUAUGCAGUUGAUGGAGAGACUGGGAAAUAUAGUGAAUACUUCUAUAGAUGAUGAAAAUGAAACAACAAUGGAUUCAGUAGUUUGUGAUAAACUACAUGAGUCUGCUCAAGACAGUACAGAUGGUCUUCUUUUACCUCCCACAAACAAAAAAAUUGAAGAAAUUUUUUAUGGGCGAUUGCCAUUGAGAGAGGUUAACAGUUUGCAUAUGUAGACCAAAGAAGAAUUUUGUGUUCUUGCUGAAGUAAAUGCCACAAGGUAUACAAAUUCAGAAAUAAGCACCUCUUCAUAUUGUCAUGUUUUGUUGUUUAUGCCUUUAAAUGCACAUGUAUGCAAACUGUUUCCCAAAAACUAUCUUUUAAGGUAGAAUGCAUAUCAAUACAAGUUUUAAAAUCCACCUUGUAUUGUGGAUUUCGUUAUGAAUGAAAUGUCUUGAAUUCUUACUGUUAAGAAAUGGAGGUAGUCAAUAAUCCAUGCUAUAA